UGACUGAUCAACUGUGGGGUUCUUGUUUCAAAUGAGAUGUCAAGGACAGCACUUCUUUCACUGUAAGAAGAAGAUAUUUUUAUUUUUUGCAUUGAUUUAGCUCCUGUGCUGGGCACAUGAUAUAGAAAGGGUACUUCUAUCUCACACGACUCCUUAUUGUUCUUUCUGUAGAACGAUUAGAAUGCAGACGUAUUAUCUUGCUGGAACGGCUAUCGUUGUCUUUCUGUAGAACGAUUAGAAUGCAGACGUAUUAUCUUGCUGAAACAACUUCCGUUGUUUCGCCUAUCGCCGCUUGAGACAACUGGUUGUGGUCAGCGUCACCAGAUUCUCCUGCGCUCUUUUUCCCUUAGGAUCAAAUUCAGGUUACCAAAGACCAGCACCAUUCAGUUUCCACAAACGAAAAAAAGAUGGUGGACGCUCUACCACCUAAUUGGACGAAAUACACCACGGACGACGGAAAAGACUACUUCCACAAUGCCAUUACGAACACAACAACGUGGGAUCGGCCUGCGUGGCCGGUGGUUGCUGGUCCAGAAGAUGCAGUCUACAAUCCAUCAUUAGCGGAUUUACAAUUGGGAGAUAAAUUACGGAACGUAACGUCCUCGUCUAUACGUACACAUAUGCGGAUGUUUGACUUAGAAGAAGUACGGAAACGGUUCUUCAAAAAGAUUCUUCAUUGAAGAAUGUAUGUUUAAGUGCAAGCGAGAAUAUUCCAAUGCGUUAUUUUCCAAUCUAGACUUCUUCAUACCCCGGCGGCACAUCAACAACAGCCUCAACAACAUCCUCCGGCGGCAUGUUGGGGACUGGAGGCUUGGCGUUUGAUGACAACCUCACUUUUUCGUCAACCUCAAUGGCAAACCUCGAAGUUGGAGCCGCAGGAAACGAUAUGCAACCUUUGAGGGUACUUGCUAUACUGUAUCCACCAGCUUCAUGAUAACAAUGAAGAAUUAUUUAAGUAAUAUCACAACAUGAACAUGAUUGAAGAAGAAGUUGUCAACAAGGCAGUCAAAAAAAGCAACGCACAGACUACACCUCUGCUAGUGCUAGCUAUUGCAAAAUCGGAGAACACCAGAUUUCAGCUUGAGAAAUAUCUAAGGAAGUGCGCUUGUUGUUCUGUAGUUCUUCUCUCACACUCCUUCUGUGUGACGGAACUGGCCACUCACCCUAGGGCAACAGUCGCCACUCACCCUAAUGCAACAGGAUCCAAACACGACCGCAAGUUCAGCCUCCUCUAGCGCCGCGCCAGCUGGUAGCAGUAUGCUGUUCGGUUUUUUACCGAAGUUCAUGUUCUGUUUCGACAUUGCUUAUCUGCAGACGCAUUUUGACGUGUCAUCCGAUGACGUUAUCAUUAAGGCCAAUUUAUCACUAUGUAUCCCCUAUAAUGCUGCGUGGGGUCCCCUUUGAAGUCAAGGGGAUUCUAACGGAAGGAAAGGGAGCCCACUCGACCACGGAUAGUGAAGAAAGCCUACCGUUAACAUUAGAAGGAUCAAAGCUGCUGCGAUACCACAGAAGGAAGCGUCAUUAGAAUCCGUUAUGGACUUCAAAAGCAGGCCAGACCUCUGGGGACCGUUCUGGAUCUGCACGACGGCGGUAACAUCACCCGCUUACAGUGUCAAUUAACCCUUGAGACUGUGUAGUAUCAUGAGAAGAUUCUACGCUUCUUAGAACAUUGCUUCUGCUUGACAGAGACAGUCUAGACCCAGUAGAGGAACACUGUGAUAAAAGAACAGCUUGCCGUCAUUGAAUUUCAACAUCAAUAUCGACACACCGCAAAGGUUGUUUUCCUUGCUUCAACCGGUAACUUUGCGCAAUCUUUCUGGAGCGAGGCGCACGUAGAUACCGACUGGGAGCUAGUUUCACUCUCCGCAGGCAUGCUGUAUUUAAGGCAGUAGGUGAGUUGAUAAAUUAAAGGUUCAAAAUCUUUCGCCCCUGAGAAAGUCAGUGCCCCCUAAACGAAGCCAAAGUAGGUACAUGGAAGAUGUCGUUCAUCAGAUUACGACCUGGCCCUCUGAGUCCCCCUUUUGCUCUGAGGACCUUCUGAUGUUGUAGUCCCUCUAAUCCACGGUGCUUUAGUUGGUGUACCUCUUGUGACGCAGAUUCUCCUCUACUUCGCUGGCGAGGGCAUCGAAAUCAACUUGCGGCAGUUAGUCUGCGUGUAUUUCAAUAUUUUCACUUUGUUGAUGUGAACAUAAUGGAGGGACCCUCUACUAUUUUAUCCACAUCACAACACCUGGUGUUGAAUUCAUGAGUUCAGCUUUACUUCCGGUUUAACUCACGAGGACCCUCGACAUCGAUCUCCGUGUAGAGAACUUGUCGCACUUCCUCCUUCACCAGGUACGGCUACAGCUUCGUGUCACUACUGCCCGCAUCAGUCCUCCUUAUGGUCAUACCCAUUGGCUUCCUACAAUGGCUGAUAGCGCUAGCAGGGCUCUCAGUUUCCUGUGUCUUUAUCCGGAACCAUCUGUGGAACGACAUUGCAGUGGAUACGCCACGUGUCCGAUACGGCCUUAUCGCGUUACUUUUCGGCACACACGCGAUCAUUUACUUCAUUUAUACAACGCACUUUUUCACCUCGCAUUUGGUGAAGGAAGCCUAAUUAAUAGAGCGGAUAAGGCAGGAGAAGACGAACACCUCGUCAGUCAGAUAAAGAUGAACAACCUGUUAAAUAAAAAUCUAUUACGGCUGAAACUAAGAGCACAAGGAAAAGGAUCCGUAUUGAAAUGCUUGGGACUUUCUUGUUGUUGUUGUAGAGCAAGAUUGAGGUACAAGACUAUAACUUCUUCUUCUUCAUCUGAAGACAUGUCGAUCGUGAUGACGAUGACUACCUGUACCUACCUCUUAAAAUAAAGCGUUUUGUUUGUGAACAAGGAU